AUGAGCUCUACCGGAAGACUAUCUCGUCUCUGGGUACGAUGUCGACUUCCAGUUCUCAGGCACCGAAGCGUCUCUGGUGAUGAAUGGCCGCACUCGAGCUAUACGUUUGAUCUCCCUUCGAGCAGCACAACGAGCACAAGCACUUCAAAGAUGUCCUCCACCAAGCUCCCAACCCUCUUCACGCCCUUCAAAGUGGGCAACAUGCAGCUCCAGCACCGCGUCGUCCUCGCACCGCUCUCCCGCCUCCGCGCGGACGAAGCGCACGCGCACACCGACAUCGCAGUCGAGUACUACUCCCAGCGCGGCAGCACGCCUGGCACGCUGCUCGUCACGGAGGCGACGCCCAUAUCGCUCCAAGCGGGUAUCUUUCCUAGCAUGCCCGGUAUCUACGACGAUGGGCAGAUCGCUGCUUGGAAGAAGGUCACCGAAGCUGUACAUGCCAAAGGAUCGUUCAUCUUCUUACAGCUCGGCGCCAUGGGCCGUGCAGCUAUACCCGGUGGUCCCUUCGAGGUCGUUGGCGCCAGCGCCAUUCCAAUCGCAGAGGGACGUGCGGUGCCGCGCCCACUCGCGAUUGAAGAGAUUAAGCAGUACUUGCAGCAGUACGCGCGGGCAGCCAAAGAUGCUAUGAAAGCAGGCUUCGACGGCGUCGAGAUCCUCGCCGCAAACGGCUUCCUCGUCGACCAAUUCCUCCAAUCCAACUCAAACCAGCGCACGGACGCCUACGGCGGCAGCCCCGAAAACCGCAUCCGUUUCGCCGCCGAGAUCAUCGACGCCGUGGCCUCUGCCAUCGGUCCCGAGCGCGUUGCGAUGCGUUUCUCGCCAUGGUCGACCUUCCAGGGCAUGCGCAUGCCCGACCCGAUCCCAACGUUCAGCGCGCUCAUCAAGCAUCUGAUCGAGCACCAGCCGCGCCUCGCGUACCUCCACUUCAUACAACCCCGCAUCAGCGCCAACACCGACGCUGAGCCUCUCACCGACGACGAGAGCAACGACUUUGCGCGCGAGCUGUGGAGCCCGCGUCCGCUCAUUCUCGCUGGAGGGUUCGAUCGGGAGACGGCUAUAGAGGAGGCGGAAAAGGGGGAGAAGAAUACGCUUGUUGCGGUGGGGAGGCACUUUACUUCGAAUCCUGAUCUGCCGAAGAGGUGGAUGUUGGAUACGGUGCUUACGCCGUAUGAUCGGAGUACGUUCUAUAGCAAGGGCGCGAAGGGCUACAGCGAUUGGGCGUUCUCGCAAGAGAUCUUGCAGUAG